CACCUCAAGACACCUCCAGACAACUCAAGACAACUCAAGACAUCUCCGGAGAUCUCCAGACAUCUCCCAACGCUUCAAGACAACUCCAGACGUCUCCCGACAUCUCCAGACCGAUCCAGGAGGAUCCAGACGUCUCCAGAAGAAUGGCAGACUCCACUGCUCUGUCCGCCUCUUCGUCUUCAUCAAACUCUUCUUCCCUAAAGGGUUUCAUGUCGUCAGCCCUAGAGCUUAUAUAUUGGCGAGAGACGCUGAAGUCAGCGGCUGGUUUUGGCCUAUCCCUGCUGGUCCUGGUUUCCUUGGCGACGCUGUCAGUCAUCAGCGUGGUGUCCUACCUGACACUGGCUCUGCUAUGUGUCACCAUCACCUUCAGAGUCUACAAGUCUGUGGUCCAAGCUGUUCGGAAAUCAGACGAUGGACACCCUUUCAAGUCCCUGCUGGAAAGGGACGUGUGUGUAACGCCAGAGAGCAGCAGGUGGGCUGCAGACCAGGUCCGGGACCACCUGAACCACCUGCUGGUCCACACCAGAAGACUGCUGCUGGUGGAGGACCUGGUAGACUCCCUCAAGCUUGCUGGGGGCAUGUGGUUAAUGACGUAUAUCGGGGCAGUCUUCAACGGAAUCACCGUCCUCAUCCUCGCUGACAUAAUUUGCUUCACUUCACCACUGGUUUACCAGAAGUACAAGACCCAGAUUGACCGGCGUGUAGAGCUAGCACGAUCCAAACUCAAGGAGACCGUGGACAGGCUGCAGGAUAUGUUACCUGGAUCUAUCAAACGAACGAAAGCAGCCUGACCAGCCCUCGGCAGAAUGGACUUCACUCACUCUCUGAUAUUUGAGAUUUGAAA